AUGGUUUCGAUCAAAAACCGACUCAAACUGCCUCGAGUACCUCGUCCUUGUGAAUACUUUGAUCUCAUCGGCGGUACGAGUACGGGAGGCCUUAUAGCUCUUAUGCUUGGCCGCCUUCGCAUGUCAGUAGACGAUGCAAUCUGUGCGUAUACGGCCCUGGCGAAGAAGGUGUUUUCGAAAGUGAAAAUACGCGGAGAUGGCAAGUACAAAGCAACGAAUUUGGAGGCUGCCGUGAGGAAGAUUGUCGAGAAAUACGCCCACGACGCCGAGGCGGCAAUGUUGGAUCUCCGUCCAGAAGAUGCUAUCUGUCGAGUAUUCGUCUGCGCCGUCCCUGCGACCAAUCUGGGCGCACGAAUGCCCUCGAUCAUCCGUUCCUACGAACCGCCUUCUGAGCGUUAUAUCCCUUGCACGAUCGUCCAAGCGGCGCGUGCUACCACCGCAGCCCCAACAUUCUUCAAACGCGCAGUCAUCAAUGAUCAGGGAAUCGAUCGGACCUAUCUGGACGGUGGAGUCGUCCAAAACAAUCCGACCAAUGUUGUGCUCCAGGAGGCACAUCGCGUGUUCGGCAAGAACAGACAGGUCUCCUGUCUCAUCAGCAUCGGUACAGGAAAACUUCGCACGAACCACGUACCGAGACAAGGCCUGUUCGGCCGCUUCAUCCCCGUCGACGUUGCCAAAGCUAUGGUCAAAAUCGCCACAGAUACCGAGGAGACACACCAGGCCUUACAACAUCGUUUUAAUUCACGCCCUGGCAUCUAUUUUCGCUUCACCGUCGAUGAAGGGAUGCAGGAUAUUGGGAUGGACGAGUGGAAUAAACUGGAUGGGGUGAUGUCGCACACGGAGAAGUAUCUGAGAAGCGAAGACGUGAGACCGAAGCUGGAGCUGGCAGUGAAGGCUCUUGCGGAGCAGCAGGCCUUGUUGACUGUAUCCGAAGCCAAUGGAAUUUUCUCUGCUGGAGACGCACCGCUGAAUCCCGGCCGCAGAAGUUGUCCUCGACCGUCACGGGUAUUCACUGGACGAAGAGAUAUCUUGUCUACGAUGGACGACUAUUUCUCUAGAACAAACAAUGAUCAACGCGUGUUUGUCUUAUAUGGCAUGGGCGGGAGCGGGAAAAGCGAGAUCAUGAAGAUGUUCGUAGCACAAUCGAGCGCGUCGACGGAGGGGGACCCCAGGUUCUCGGAAGUUUUCUACGUCGACGCCAGUUCUAAAGACACUAUCCGCCUCAAUCUCGACGGUAUCGCUCAGGACAAGAAGCUCGGAGAUAACUAUCAACACACCAUCGAUUGGCUUGUCCGCACUCACGAGCAUUGGCUUCUCGUCCUGGAUAAUGCCGAUGAUCCAACUCUAGAUCUUCGUCCGUUUAUUCCUCAGUGCUCGCACGGGAAUAUCAUCAUCACUACCCGUAACGAGCAGCUACGAACACCGGACAAAUCAUGUCAGAUCUUACGGAUGCCCCCAGACGAUGCAAAGGCCCUCUUUCUGCGCCGUUCCCUAAUCAAAACCCCAGACGAUGAGGAGACCGACAAGCUCAUCACGGAACUGAUUGAGGAACUCGAUGCACUUGCUCUCGGGAUUGUCCAGGCUGCCGCGUACCUCCAUGUUAACCCAACGUGCACCCUCAAACAAUAUCUAGCAAGGUUCCGCUCCGACCGACAGAAGGCCCUGGAGGCCUCUCACGACAUAAUCAACAGGCCCGACGACUACGAAAGGACCGUGUAUACGACUUGGAAUAUCAGUCUCGAGCAACUCUCGGCUGCACAUCCCGAAGCUGCCACGUUUCUCUAUCUGUGCUCCUUCCUCCAUCAUAAAAAUAUAUCCAAGUCCAUGUUCACCAACGCAGCCUCCAGCGCUGCGGUCAUAACUCCGAAUGAGGCAAUAUCCUAUUCCCUCGUUCAAGAGUUCUUAGCGCCGUUUAUCACACCCACUCCAGAAAUAUCGGACACUUUCGAUCGUAUCGUCGCUUCCCUUUGCUCGUAUUCUCUAGUGGAGAUCACCCCCGAAGGACACAUCUCGUUCCACCGCCUCGUGCAGGACUGGGGUCGGCGCCACGCAUUCACCGCAACGCCGCUGCGUCCCAUCCAUACGGCCUAUAUUCUUCAUUUGGCCUCUCACAAAAUUUUUGAGCUGAAUUUACAGGACAUUCUCGAGUAUGCGCAUUUGAUAGUCCCUCAUAUACUAGGGCUUCAGUCCAGGCUGUCAAGCUUGCUUGGUGACCCCAACUUGUAG